UAGUAAACAUGGCUGCUUCCUGAAGAGGUGAAGUGAGCCACUUGUCAGUAUAAACAUGAAUGUUGCGUGACCCUGAUUCCAUUUUCUGAGGAUUUCUUAAGAUACAUCAUAUUACUGACAGGCGACAGGGCCACAGGGGACUGGUUCCUACAAAGGUAAUAUAUUACUCUUUGCUACCAUUAUGAAAUUACUGGACGUUGUACAGUUUCGGAAUUCAAGGUGCUCUUUCUAUGCAUUAGUAAUACCAAGAAUAAUUUCAUGGCAUUGGAUUCUGUUCUUCAGGAAGCACUCAACCAUAAAGUACAGGAGGAACAUUAAAGAUUGUUACAGAAUUCUAGAUGUGCCUGAAGGGUGUUCUGUUGAGGAGGUCAGACAUUCCUAUCGAUGUCUGGCAAAGAAAUACCAUCCAGAUAGUGGCUCUGUCUCUGCAAAUUCUGGCAAGUUCAUGGAGAUCGAUGAAGCCUACAAAGCUUUGCUUACCCACCUAGAUAAAGAGGCAAAAAAGGGAGAAGGUCAAGACAAUGAAGAAACACAGACAGAAUAUAAAGUACCACAGCACAGGCACUACCUCAGCUUCGAAGGUGUGGGCUACGGAACCCCAAGCCAAAGAGAAAAACAAUAUACACAAUUCCGUGUAGAUCGGGCCACUGAUCAGGUUUUGGAAUUUAGAAAGCAAAAGCUGGAAAGGCAAUAUACCGAGAACUCAUUGGUGGCAAAAGAUGUGAGGCAAAGUAAGAAGGUUAAAAUAACUCAAGCCAUUGAACGCCUGGUGGAGGAUCUGAUACAGGAAUCAAUGGCAAAAGGUGACUUUGAUAACCUGAGCGGUAAAGGAAAGCCACUUAACAAAUUCUCAUACUGUCCACAUAUUGAUCCCAUGACUCACAACCUUAAUAGGAUAUUGAUAGAAAAUGGAUAUCAGCCGGAGUGGAUUCUCUUGCAGAAGGAAAUCCGGGAAACAAUAGGGACAUUGAGGAACAAAGUGUUGGCUUCUCGAGCAAAGCUGGGAGAUCCAAUGACUCCCCAAAAGAGAAAGCAGUGGGAGGAGACCUGCGAUGAGUUUAAAGAGGAUAUCAUGAAGCUCAACAAGAGAAUAAAUGACUUUAACUUGGUCGUUCCUCUUCUGAACAGGCAAAUGGUUCACUUUAAUGCGGCGAGAGAGAUCUCUCAAGCUGAGAAGACAUAUGCGUCCCAAAGGGAAACCGUGCGAAAAGCAGAAGAAAUUGAAGCAGAUAGAAUUGAAGAACUAAAGGACCAGCAAUUUAAGCUUAAAAAAAUUCUUCUGAAUUGGAUGAAACAAUUAAAAACAUUCUAAAUAUC